UCAAGUUCGAUGGCCUCCACAGAAGAUCUUGUCCCGGUGAGGAGCGGUAGAUGUCCCUCCUGCCGCUCGUGUGGUUCCAACUGGGUGACAAAGUCGCUCCGUAAACGUCUGGACAAAACUCUCAGCUCGCAAGCCGCGGUCGGCAUCAUCGUUUGCGUCACGGUUUGCGUCGCCGUUGCUUCGUUCCUGUCCUUCCAAGACGCCAUGUCGAGCUGCGAGGACAAGUCCGAGGUUCUACUGAUAGUUUUCACCGUCUUCGUGUACCUCGGAAUCCCCUGUCUCGCGGCCAUGGCCUACGCCAUCCGGCGGGAUGCCUUCGUAACAGACGACAGCGACCAUGGAUUUGGGACAGAAAGCAUGGAACUGUCUUUGAUUUUCGUGUCAUUUGUUUUUCCAGCUGUCGGCUGUGUUGCUCUUGACGUCGUCUUCUUUCUGCUGCUCGGUUCCUGCUUUCACCGCGAUGGAAGCUUCCCUGCGUCUUCAGCCAGCUACCGAGUCGGCAUGGCGUUUCACGUGGGGAGGUUGGUUUUCGUGGUGACGCAGGUCGCCAUGGUCGGGUGGUGUUUCUGGACCAGGAGCUUUGCCAGACAGAAAGUGUACACGGCUUUGCUAUUUACCGCUGUCGUCACGUCGAACUUGGCAUCCUGCUUUUACGAAAUCGUGGACAGGCCGUCGGUGCUGUGUACAAACAACAACACGUGCUGGGACACCGCCGCCUCGAAAUCGGACACCUGUCGCGACGUUGACGCUUUCACCGUGGAAUACUGUACCUACGUACAGUUUCAGCUGUACUGCCAACCGCUUGUUGGAACGUUUGCAAUGCUCUCCCUCGCCACCAUGUACCGCAUGUGGACCACAGCACACGAGGGGGUGGUGGAAAACACUGAUGACAGGCGCCCUGUACGUGCACAACCAAAUGUUACGGGACGCCGCCGCACUGGCGCGUUUGCGAAGUUGUUCACGGUAACCGUAGCAGUUCUCUCCGUCACUUUUUGGGCUAUCACCAAUCAGGCCACCACGGUGUCGAGCUCGGCAGACUACUACAAAGUCGUCCUGUACUACUCCACCAAGGUACUGUACUCCUCCCUGUUCACAAUAUCGACGAUAGCUGGAUGCGUCCGUACCCGAGCCGUCGGUACCACCGCCUAUCGGCCCCGCGUCGCUGACAUCUUGCUGCUUCUCCUAAGCGCAGCGGGACUGUUGGUGUUCGUCGGAAGAGUAUUGUGGGGAGUCGGCAGCCAGGCAUCGGUACCCUUUCAGUAUACGCCACCGGGUUGCACAUACCACAUAACAGAGGGCGACUUCGGAAAACUAAGAGCUGUCUUAAUCGCAGACGUCGUGCUGACGUUGGCGCAACUUAUUCUACAAACGACGUCCCUGCUUUCAGCCAUAAGUCACAAGCAGUUAGAGGGCAGCGUGGAAUCCCACUACGGGCUCCUCUGUCUCUUCAAUUUCUGUGUUUGGAUCAACGGUAGUUUCUUCGAGGUCCAGUCCACGCCGCUGGUGACGUGCUACACGACUCCCGUUCCGCGCGCGGCGUUCGGGUUCGGCGAUUGGAACGUCUUCCUCCACCUCCUGCAGCCCGUCUGCACGUUCUACUGGCUGUGGUCGCUCCUGCUCAUGAUGCGGCUGCUUUUGCAGAGGGUACGCGUGAGUCCGGGCUCCGGAGGAACCACUGAGACCGCACACGCCCGCCGCAGCCCGACUGUAUCAGCAGCCGUUGAACUCUCUCCUCUGAGAGAUGCUCACUAAUGCCACACGCAACAGGACUGUCGCACGACGCUUGACGUAUGUAAAUACUGCAACUGUCUUACGACAGCUGAAUACUGCAACUGUCGUACGACAUGUACAGAUGAUGGUUUCACCCAAAGAAACAAAUGGUAGCGUUGUGUUCCAUUAGGAAGAUGAUGCGACAUUCAUCUUAGUUAUGCGUAGUGUUAACUAUAGGCAUCCGGUGCAGUUUUUA